CUGACCUAAGCGGUAGCGAAAGAGCAGCGGUAGCGAAAAGUGUGUAUUUUUAGGCGUUUCUCGGCAGCCAGCGCCGUUCAGUGUAGUGCAAACCGAAUCCCGUCCGGUGGUACCAGAUUCACAAUCGAAUUCGAAUAAUCGUAGAUCAAAAAUAUGGAAGGCCGAGGUCGUGGAAAAAGGCUGUCAACGGUCGUGACGGCUCCUGCAAGCAGCAGCACUGCUGCCAAAGAAGCACCAGCAGCAGCAGCAGUGGUGGAAAAGAAGAAACCCGGUCGAAAGCCACUCGCUGCCACGGCACGUAAGCGAUCCCCGUCUCCCGUUGCCCCGAAACGAAGACAAUCUCCGGCCCGCAAAGCAUCGCCUGCUCGUCGAGCGUCCCCCGCACGUAAGGCCUCUCCAGCGCGAAGGGCGUCGCCGGCCCGCAAAGCAUCACCGAGCCGCAAACCGAAAACAACCACUAAUGCCGCCCCUGCUGCUAAAGCCGUUGAAACGGUUAAAGCGUCCCCGGAAGAGCCACGCCGCUCGGAACGAAUCCGCGCAUCGGAGGAAAAGGUCGAUCAAGUGUUGUCGUCCAUGACGAAAAAGAAUCCCGUCGACAAACGUCUCUCGGUGAUUUUGGAUGACAUGGAAGUCAGUGGGUACAUGACCGGAGAGAAGCAAAGUUCGCCUGCGAAGAGUCUAACGCCCAACACGAGCCGACGCUCGAACGCUAUCACGCCGACGACGACGGAGCGUAGCCGUGCCACGCUGUCCCGUUCGCUCAGCGUCGUCCUGGACGACUACUCGGAUCAGGAAGAGGAUGAUGGCGACUUUCAGAGCUUCCGCCGGACCGCGGAUAACAACGGUGUGGGUGACGGCAAGUCAUUCGCCCAGCAGAGCGUCCCAAAAAUGGUCGUUAAACAACGACUGGUCGAAUUCGGAGGACCGCUCGGUGCUGCCGCUUUGGUGGUGUUGAUUCCGCUUUUCAUCUUCACCAACAAUCACUUCUGCUCCGGUGCCGUCCACCGGGAUUGCCGAUUCGUGCUGCCGAAGAACUGGGACGAAUUCCGGACGCUUUCAACAUACAUGAACCGAGAGAUCGGCAUGCUCUACGGGCUGUUCGUCGCUGGCGUUGCCCUGCUGACAGCGCUUCCGAUUGGCAAGCAGGUGAAACUCGCUAACGACACGUAUACCAAGCGUACGCACAUCUUCAACGGCCUGUUGGUUGCUAUGCUGACCGGGCUGGGUGUGUUUGUUGCAGAAUACUGCUACAAGUACCCACUCCUGUCCGUCGUCAGUCGUGGCUACAAUCAGCUGCUGGUGCUAAGUCUCCUAACGGCUCUGGUUGGCGCAUUGUUUUCCUUCCUCAUGUCUCGCUCAGUCGACGAUGAGCACUUGAACCCGUACGCCAAGACCGGAAACGUUCUCUACGAUUACUUCGCCGGCCGCGAUACGCACCCGGUCGUGAUGAACGUGUUCAAUCUGAAGCUCGUCACCUAUCACGUGGCCGUGGUGCUUGCGCUGCUCUUUAACUCGAUCAUUCUCUACCGCAAUCUGCACUUUGCCACCCUGCCGGAAACUCUCCUGGAAGCGCCCGUUCACGAGCGCCUUCUCUUCGCCGUGAAGAAUCUAACCUGCGAAACGGUCCCUGUAGCUGCGGCUGGUCUGACCGUCCUCUAUCUGCUAGAUCUGCUCGCCUACGAGCAUCAUUUGGCCGCUUCGUUUGAACUGCAGGCCCAAGGAUUCGGUGCCGAAAUGUUGCUCCGGUACGCCGUCUUCCCGUUCGCAUUGACGCAGCUACCGAAGUACGUGGCCGCGCACAAAUUCACCGACGUUCCGCUGUGGGCGGUGCUGGGCUGUGUCGUGGUCGCCCUCGUUGGGCUGUACGUUAAACGUUCGUCGAUGCGGCUGAAGUAUCUCUACCGUUUGGACCCACUGGGAGAGUUGGCAUGUCUGGAAACCUACCCAACGUACCAAGGACGUCGGCUGCUUGUGGCGAAAUUGUGGCGCUUCGUGCGUCAACCGAACUACCUCGGAGACAUUCUGCAGAACCUGGCCCUUCUUCCCCUCUUGUACUGGCGCUUCGCAUGGCCACCACUGCUAUCGGUUCUGUUCAUCGUAAGCAUCCUGGUGCACCGGGCCAAACGAUUGACUGAACGCAACGCCCGGAAGUACGACACGACCUGGCACCGCUAUUGUCUAACCGUCCCGCGUAUGAUUGUCCCACGCGUCUACUAACCUUGAAACUUGUCGUUCUUUUAUUUAAAUGUUUUAUUUUUUACUUCGUACGCUCACCCAAUUUGUAUGUGCUUCUUUAGGGUAUGGUAAUUAUUUCGUUUUAAUUUGCAAAUAGAAAACGACCCAUUAAUCCGUACUACUCCGUGCAUGUGAAACCACCUGUAAAAAGUCUGCUCUCUUAUAUCUACCCAUACACACACGUCCCACCGGAUGUCCGCGAUAGAAAAUGAUUUCCUUUUAAUUUGUAAUUCCUUGCAAAGAUUCCACAUCGUUCGAGUAACAUUUCAUAUUCUUCAGAUUUCCGAUGAGCGUACCCAUUUCGUUCAAUGUGUGUUUGUGUGUAGAAAAUAUUUUUUUUUUUUUACAAUUCGUUUGUUCUUAUUCGUUCGUAAAGAAAAUUCUCCUUUAUGUAUCUUUAGUAAACGAUUGUUAGAUACAAAGGAGUGGAGUGUAGAUGAUUUAAAAAAAAUAGGCAAUAAGAUUACUGUACAACACGUACUUUUAAGAAAAGGUAAUCCAUAAGAAAGUAGAACGUAAGGAAACGUGCUAUGUAGGCGGAAGUAGAU